AUGGCGCGCGUAGCUAUGACAGGGACCGCGGCCGCGGACCCGGUGGCGGACGGGGCUGGCGCGCAAGCGCCGGCCACCGUCGUGCCGCCGGGGAUGCGCAGCGGACCCUGGAAUAGCUACGAUAAGGCGCAACUGGAGGACGCGGUGGGUGUCGCAAGGUUGUUCGGUGCGUCCUGUGUCAGGGUGAUAAGGCCUGGCUACGCGACCAUCGAGGUCGACCUGAAGCACGAAAAGGCCGCGGGCGACCGCGAGUCGGUGAAGGCGGCGGAGCGCUCGUACAUCGAGCGCACCGCGCCGAAGAAGAAGGAGCUCACAGAUGAGCAGCUUGCGGCAAAGGCCGCGUCUCGCAAGGCCAAGAAGAACCGGCAGAAGGAGCGCCGGGCGAAGGAGGCUGGCGAGCGCGCGGCCGCGAGCGAGGCCGAGCGCGUGGAGCGCCCGCGCGCGCAGCUACGCGCGAACAUCGAGUACGUGAUGGACGGGCUACGGUCUGCAGCUGCGCGGGCGCGCAGCCAGGCCGGGUCCAAGACUCGGGUCACAUAUUCGCUGCCCCCAGAGAGGGACGACGGAUAUCGGCGCGGCCCUAGCGUGGUGUGCGCCACGGUCCCCCAGGGCACCGUGGCGACGACCGUCGCCUCGGACUGGCUCGCGAACGAGCUGGCCGAGCACGGAGAGAUUGAUGCGGCAUGCCGCGACAAAUAUGUCAUGCACCUGAUGACGGCCGCCGGCGCCUCGGCGCCGGCCGACGCCGUGUUCAGGUUCACGGCUGGCGAGGCGAUGCAGACCGAGGACGACGACGAGGACACCGGCUCCGAGGAGUAUUCCGACGACAAGGCGAGUAGGAGUGGGGUGCAGGUUGUGCUCACCCACGGCACCGGGCCGGCAUACGUCGCGCAUGGCAUGUGCGGCGGGCUCUGCCGAGGAUGGGGCUGCUGCGCGGCGCGGGGCGUGGCGCAGCCGCAGGAUGGGAGCGGCGAGGCGCGAGGCGAGGGCGAGGGCGAGGGCGAGCUAAGCUCGGAUGGCGACUCGGACCGGUCUGCGGGAGACCCUGUGUGGGGCUCGGCGGCGCUGGAGGACGAGUGGCGCGCCGCGUCUCUCGCGAGGCAGGCGGUAGGCGACGCGGCGUACGCCGCGGCGCAUGCUGCUGGCGCUUCGCGGGCUGAGGCGUGCGACGCCGCCGUGAGGGCGGUGAGGUUGGACGAGGUUGAGGCUCAGUCCUCGUUCCUCGUGCGCGCUGGGUGGUACGGCUCCGGCCGUGAUGGGGGCGGGGAGGGGGCGGGGGCGACGGCCGCACGGAAUCGCCGCCGGCGGGGGGCGAGGGCGCGGGCGAAGGAGGAGGAGCCAGAGCCCGGGGAGGAUUGGGAGGGGGAGGAGCGGCCGGAGGAGUACGCCGGCCUCUUUGACGACCCGUAA